AUGCUGACUGACGAUCUGCCUUGGCCGGAGCUCGGAAAUGUCUCGCGCGGCGCCACGAGGGGGAACCAAGGCCAGAAGGGCGUUCUUGGACCUCCCGACAAUGAAGGGCGAUGUCUCCUACAGCUUCGCGUUCAGCCCGGCGUACUUGCGGUCCGACUGAAUCGCCAGGCGAGCGAUUGGUACCGCACGCUGGACACCGAGGUGAAUCGCGCGUUGAAGCUUACGAAGACAUACUGGCGGAAAGCGCGGCGCCGGCAGGACUACGACGCGCGCGCGGACCAGGAUCAUAUGGAACUACACGAGUGGCUACAGCAACUCAAGGACAAAGUCAUGUCACACCUCGAGGUGCUCAUGCAGAAGGGGGAGAUACAAGGACCGCCAUACCUCAUGCCCGACAACAUCGAGCUUACAUUCCUGCGCAAGUUCAUCGAACGACAAGCCGCGGGCAUUCCACACAAUCCCCGCUUGCGCCGCGCCCUCGGUCAGAACAGGCCGGGCGGCGGCGUGGACCAGCAGUUGUCCUCCAAACUCUCCGUCGGCUCCUCUCCUUCAAUCUCCCUUGCAGGAUGCAUAGGCUUCUCCGAGAAGCAAGAAUCUCAUGAAGACGACACCACCCCCGGCGACGGCGCCGAACAAGCGACAUCGCAUUCUCUACUAAACGAAGUAAACCUGAAUCGGCGUAAUCUUGCGAGCGCACGGGCUGCAUUCUUUCGCGCACAACGGGAGACCCAGGAGUCGUUCGCGCGGUAUACCUCUUGUCUGGAGGCCGAGGCACAAGCCCGGCAGCAGUUGAGCAUGCUGGAGGAGCGUCGAGACGCGCUGAUGGCAUCGCUAGCCGAGAGCUUCCGCACCGAUUACAUGGACUAUGACAUUCAAAACACCCUCGAGCGUUCUGACUCGAGAGCGAGUACAUCACAAUCGCAUGACGAAGUUAUGAACGCUAUACCAACCGGCCAUGUGGCCUUGCAAGACAACGUCGCAGCAUGGAAGACUAUGAGGGAUAUGCAAUGGUCUCACGGCGAUGCCAUGGCUGUCCCUGAUGUCUCCCGAGGUCACCACGAGCUAGCCUCAGUUGAUCAGACGUUCUCGCCCGCCGCGCGGGGACAAGAGAUGCAGAUGAACGCUCUCGGCCAGAUGGAACGCAAACACCCUCGGAGUUGGGAAGAGCUGCAGAGCCAGACAGCGUUCGAAGUGAGUGAUUCAAGACUAUACCCGGCGCAGACUUCCUGGCAACUUCUCGGUCGGUAUGCUCCUCAAUAAGGCAAUCUGCACUGGCGCCGCCUGCCCACACGGUGAUGCGUAUCGAUCAGAGUGUCGCCGUUCUCUCCGGUGUGCCGCCCAACGCGGAGCUGAGCGGUCUGGCUUUAUGACUCGGCGUGCGGCAGCUCUGAGUGCUCCUGACGAUCGCCUCGCUUAUGAUACAUGUUUCACUUAAUGCCUUCCCGACUGGACUCUCACGCGACCCUGCAUCCGUUCGCCCGAACUCCACGCGCCCACUUCAUACCUCGCAACCAUGCUGCCGGACAUUCCCUUUGUUUAUGCAUAACGUUAUUCUGUGUUAUGCUUCCCGUCUACUCACGUCGCUGUGGCAAAUUCCGAUGCUGUCGAGACAUGGACU